AUGUUUAGGGGAGAAAAUUCGCAUUCAUUGAGCUAUGAACAACAGGCUAAAUUUAUUCAAGAUCGUAUUUCUAAUGUAGAAAAAAAUUUUGGUGAAUUAUGUGUUGGAUUUGGUGACUAUACAAGAAAAACUGCCAGAUUACGAGACAUGGGAGAUGAUCUGGCCAAAAUAUUAAAAGAAUAUGCCAAUAAUGAAAUAGUUAACAAAUCAUUAAGUGCUGGUCUCGACAAUUUGUCCGUAACUCUAAUGGCUAUAGAGGAAUAUAGAAACUGUGAAGUGCAACGCUUAGAGGCUAAGGUUAUAGGGGAGCUUUGUCAAUAUGAAAGUAUCUGUAAGCACGCAAGGGAAGAACUCAAACAUACUAUGCACGUAAGAGAAAAGGAAAUGGCUAGAAAGAAGGUAUUAGACAAAGCCAGGGAGCGGCAACCAUUCAACAGGCAACAAGUUACUUACGCGGAAUCAGAAUUAUUGAAAGCAUCAGCAGAAAUGUCCAGAACUGCAAAAGGUUUGAGUGAACAAACAGAAUUUUUUGAAAAACGCAAAUUACUACAACUAAAAACGCUCCUGUCGGACUUUGUGAUGAUUGAAAUGACAUUCCAUGCUAAAGCUGUGGAACUGCUCACUGUCGCUUACCAACAAAUUGCUAACAUCAACGACAAGGCUGAUUUGGAGAAUUUUAAAAGAAAACUACGAUCUCCGGAAAAACAAGUGAGCACAGGAAUAUCUGUUAGAUCAUCUUCUUUGGCGUCUCUCAUGAAUCCACAGUCUCCAACUAGAGUUGAUGAAGAUUCUGCGAGUUUGGAAAGAGUGCGAUCUCCAGAGAAAAAAUUGUCGAGUAAGGCACGAUCGAACUCGCUAGCAGCUUUAAUAAAUCACUCCCCUACUAAAGACGAAGAGGAAACAUCGGAAUCUGAUGGAUCUGAAGAGCAAAGUACAACAGAUGAUACAGAAUCACGU